AUGACUCAUGGCACUCGCUCCUCAUCUGGCAUUUCAAAGCCCAAGAAAAACGAUUCGGUGAAUGUUGCUGACCCUGCCAUCCCUCCACCCCAAUCCCAGGUGCGUAGGAGCAACCGAAGUAGUGCUGCUUCGAAGGCAUGGGAAACACGUCGUGUGAAACAAGCUGCUGCAGCCACCCAACCUGAACCCAGGACCAUGGAAUCUGCCAGCACAGAGAGCACUGCAGUUGCUGUACACCCGGUUUCAAUUGAGGAUAGGACAGCAUCACCCGAAACACAACUCCCUCCAAAUCAAGAUAAACCCACCUGCCUGAAAACUACCCGUGCUCGAUAUCCCACCAUCCCCUUCACAAUUCAUGAACGGUAUAAGGGUAGCACUAAGGAAACGGUUCCCAACUGCGAAAAUAUUACUCCAUCUGUCCAAAUCAAUGGGGUGCCCCUUCUUCCAGAAGCAACCGAGGAAUCCCCACUCUCCACCCCUUCCAGUGUUUUCACUGAAGGACAGCUCGAGGAGCUUCCCAGGGGCGUGCAAAUGUCCAGUUACCAACCAUGCGCUCAGCAACCCACCCUUAUGCUCAGAGCUCCAGAUGUGGGACCAGACAGCUCAGGAUGGGGUGAUCUGACGCCACCUGUUCUGAUGAAUGAUAGAAAUCGCUUAUCACCUGCUCUGACUCAGCUCAGUGCAAGCAGCCGUCAACCAUCACCCCUCAGUUUCAACUCCAGCUAUGAUGACGACAGUGAGACCACCAAAAGCUCAGGAGGACUCGCCCAACACAACGGUGUCAACAGUGGUAGUUCACGUCUGUCACCAUUUAGCCAAAUUGAUGCCUGUGAGGAUACCAAGGAGGAAAAAGUCGGCCGCCCCAAGACAAUCCUGCGGAAGGACAUGAAGAAGGACCCCCAGCUGAAUAAGGUUUUUGAACAUAUCCAUGCUGAUUUCUACUUGCACGCGAUCACUGAAAAUCUUUUCAUCGAGAGUGCCGAAUGUAGAGCUGUUGUCCAGAGGCUCACUGAUGAUACAUUCCGCAGAUCCGAAAUUGCGCCAUUUGACAUACCAGAGUGCAUUGUGAACACCCUUGCUCGCGACAUCAAGUCUUGGAGGUGCAAGCUCAAGAAGCACCUUGUGACUCUAGUCCCCGCUUUCUAUGGGGUCGGACCCAGUGCAGACAGGAAUACCGUGCAGGAGAACAUUCAGCUGGCACUCGACAAUUCAAAUUUUUUAUUUCGCUCAUACAGUGCGGAUGACAGUCAGGUAAGGCAAAUAUGUCCUCCUGUGCAUACUAGCUAA